GCGCCGGCUCCACGUGCCCCCAGUCCCUCUGCAAGCCUGCCCCCUGCAAGCCGGGGGGUGUCGCCCUGCGCGCGCCCUCCGGCCUCACCUUAUGGACGGAAUCAUGUCCGGGAGCGGAGAUACGGCCUCAGGGGACGGAAACAGCCCAAAGAUGAGAGUGAUCCGAGUGGGCACUCGCAACAGCCAGCUGGCAAGGAUACAGACGGACAGUGUGGUGGCCAUGCUGAAGGACUGCUACCCUGGUCUGCAGUUUGAAAUCAUUGGAAUGUCAACCACUGGGGACAAGAUCCUGGAUACUGCACUCUCUAAGAUCGGGGAGAAAAGUCUGUUCACCAAGGAGCUGGAGUAUGCUUUGGAGAAGAACGAAGUGGACCUUGUUGUACAUUCCCUGAAGGACUUGCCCACUGUACUUCCCCCAGCCUUCACUAUUGGUGCUAUCUGCAAGCGGGAGAGCCCCUACGAUGCUGUUAUCUUCCACCCUAAAUACGCUGGGCAGACCUUGGGUACCCUGCCAGAGAGGAGUGUGGUGGGGACCAGCUCUCUCCGUAGAGCAGCCCAGUUGAAGCGGAAAUUUCCACAUCUGGAAUUCAAAAGUAUUAGAGGGAAUCUCAAUACUCGACUUCGGAAGCUGGAUGAACAUCAGGAAUUCAGUGCCAUCGUCCUGGCAGCAGCUGGACUGCAACGUAUGGGUUGGCAGAGCCGUGUUGGACAGCUCCUGUACCCUGAAGAAUGUCUCUAUGCUGUGGGCCAGGGGGCCCUGGGUGUUGAGGUCCGAGCCAAGGACCAGGAAGUGCUGGAUAUGGUUCGUGUGCUACAUGAUCCUGAGACCUUGUACCGAUGCAUUGCUGAGAGGGCCUUCCUGAAGCACCUGGAAGGAGGCUGCAGUGUGCCUGUGGCAGUCCAUACAGUCCUCAAGGAUGGGCAACUAUACCUGACUGGAGGAGUGUGGAGUCUGGAUGGCUCAGAUAGUCUGAAGGAAACCAUGCAGACAAACAUCAAUAUCCCUGCCCAGUAUGCAGAUGGAGCAGAGGAUGAUGUGCAACGGGUGGGCAUCACAGCUCGGAAUAUAUCUCAGGGAGCCCAAAGGGCAGCAGAAAACCUGGGUAUCAGUCUUGCCAACCUGCUGCUGAACAAGGGAGCCAAGGAGAUUCUGGAUGUAGCAAGACAGCUCAACGAUGCCCGCUAACCUAGCUCUCAGGACAUUUCCUGCCUAGGAACAGCUGUCAGAUGUGUUCUGGUGUGCCCUGAACCCUUCCCCCUUAACGGGGACUAUCCCUGAGCACAAACACUGCAUCAUCCGGGACUCAGGUGUGGGAAAGGGAGGACCUGUUGCUGCUAAGCGUCCUAGUGCCUUGCUCUGGCUCCUUUUUUAUUUAAGGGGCUGGAGGAUUGUCCGUUUUCUGUGGUGUCAGAGACAUUGAAUGUAACCAAAUCUGUCAAUAAAGCACCUCAAGUGACUUGUGAAUUUUUAUUUGGCCUGCUGACAAAGGAUAGGGAUGUGGACAAUCAUCCUAAUUCCUGCUCCGGGUCCCAGGCCCCAGGCCCAUAAAGGCCCAGUGACUGAUUUCCGUAGGAAUAAGAAUCCCUUUUACAUUGCAGCCCCCAACGCCCCCCAGGAAAAGCGGCCACGUGCUAACCUCGGUGACCCAGGGGGAGCCUCCAGCAGCUCGGUUCCAGCCCUUGGGUCGCCAACUACAGUCAUGCUGAAGAAAGACAAGAAACUCCAUUAAAAAACCAAAACGGAACAUUUAAUAAAGUUAAAUUAAUCAGA